AUGCCACAAGGUGAUAAAAGGAAAUUAUUUUCCCAAUGCAAGGAAGGUGCUAGAAAGGAUAUUAUACGGGCAUUUGGAGUUCUCCAAUUUCAAUUUGUGAUCAUAUGUAAUAUGGCUCGUUCUUGGCACUUGGGUGCUCUCAAACAUAUAAUGAAUACAUGCAUCAUAUUGCACAACAUGAUCGUUGAAGAAGAAUGUGUCACAUAUGGUGGAAAUUUUGAUUAUUCUUACGAUAAUCUGGGAAAUGACAAGACAACACUACCAGAUAAUUCUAAUAUUGAUCUUCAAGAGUUUCAACUUAGAAUAUUUCAUGUUCGUGAUAAAAAAGUUCAUCGACAACUUCAACAAGAUUUGAUAGAUCAUAUAUGGGAGCAUUUUGCUCAAUAG